AUGUGGCUUUUUGUCACUGGAAUUACAUUCUCUUGCGCCUCCCUGGCACAGCGCGGCCAUGUCUUGCACGAAGAACGUCGCACUUUGCCCUACGGGUGGCAGAAAGGUGAUCGUCUGGAACCGGACAUCAUUCACCCUGCUCGGAUUGCACUUGCACAGAACGAGUUAGAAAGAGGUGAAGAACUCCUAAUGGCUAUUUCAGACCCAGACUCGCCACUUUACGGUCAGCACUGGACACAAGAAGAAGUUCGUAGCUUCUUUAUACCAAGCGACGAAUCCGUUAUGGCGGUCCAACAGUGGCUCGAAGAGUCUAUUCCGGCUGCCGACCUUGCCGCGCACCCUAUCACACAGUCGAGAAACAAAGGCUGGAUUGAAUUUUCAGCAACUGUACAGCAGUUGGAAAACCUGCUGGGGACCGAAUUCUACAACUAUCACCAUGAUUCUGGGCGUACUGUAGCAUCAACAGAGGCGUACUACGUGCCUGCAAGCGUGGGAGAGCAUGUCGAUUUUAUAUGGCCUGGAAUUAUUCUGUCCCACCAAAUGGAAGAUGCUGGCAGAAACGCUUUACAAAAGAGAGGCGCGCCAGUCGCGCAUCCAAUUAAGCAACAGGGUGCCCCAGUAGUACCACUUCCGCUAGAAUCGAAACUUGAAAGCAGCACCGUAGCAUGCAGCAACAAUCACUCCGCAUUGGAACCGGCGUGUAUUCGAGAUCUCUAUGGGGUCCCCCAAGGACCUGCGCCGUCCAAUCCCAAUUAUACACACGCCAUCUACACCAGUGGAAAUGACAAGUACAAGCAAGAGGACCUUGACAUCUUUUGGUCGGCUUUUGCCCCUGAAGUACCAAAGGGCACUGUGCCCAAGCAAAUUCUUAUCGAUGGUGCAGCCGACACAAGGUCCAUGAAUACAUCUGGGGGUGAACUCUUUGUAGAUCUCGCCUUGACUGUGCCCUUGGUGGCUCCAAACACUAUAACGAUUAUCAGCCCGGAUGAUCCGGUUGCUCAGGCCGAUACCGCCUUGACGGGCGGUGCCAAUAGCAUGCUGGAAGCUUUUGACGGGUCGUACUGCACUUAUAGUGCUUACAAUGUGACUGGAGCUCUACCAGGCUGGGAUGCGGAAUACCCGAAUUCAGCCCAAGGCGGAUAUAAGGGUGAAAGACAAUGUGGAGGAGUGAAGCCGCCAUCUGUGCUUGUCAGCGCUUGGGGAGCAACAGAGGACUAUUAUCCUAUUUCUUUUCAACGCAGGCAGUGUAACGAAUUUAUGAAACUCGCACUCCAAGGCACAACAGUCCUUAUCGCAACAGGCGAUUACGGCGUCGCUGGUAACGGUCCCCAAUGCUGGGGUUCCAACAAUGAUCGCUGGACUGUCGUGGCGCCAGCAAAUUGUCCCUAUGUAGAGGUGCCGGACGGGCCAACGCCGCGGACGGGCCAACGCCGGAUUUCUCCCCAACAUCUCUCUGGGCGCGGGGUUCCUGACCUUUCCGCCAUUGGUACUCUUGCAUCCAACUUCAUGAUCGACGAAGGAGUCGUCUACCAAGCAGGCGGGACCUCUGUGUCGGUACAAUAUGUUGGCGCUCUUAUUACGCGCAUCAAUUUGGAGCGUUUGGCCGUGGGCAAACCUGUGGUUGGGUUUAUCAAUCCUGUUCUAUAUAAAUACGCAGAUCGUAUCAUUCGAGACAUUACCCAAGGGGAGAGCAACAGAGGUUGUAACGAUACCGGCUAUCCGCCCGCUGUUGGAUGGGAUGCUGUUACUGGUCUUGGGGUAUUAAAGUACAAGGAGGCUCUUAACCUUUGGCUUAGUAUUUAA